CAGAGAUUGACUGACUCAGAGGACUCAAGUGGAAGAGACGCACUACAGCGCUUUCUGCCUGCUGGGAAAGACUAAUGCAAUGCGCUUUUAUUGAUCCGCUGUGUGGGAUUCUCUCGUUAUUUUUUAUUUUUUUCUUGCUCCCUUUGGAAUGGGAAAAAAGCGCAUCCGAUUCAACAUUAAGGCAAACAAAGAGAAGGACCAACAUAUGGAGAGCAGUAGGCACUGCAGCAUGAAGGCAACAACUGGACCUCUCUUCUCCCCGGUGACUAAAAGCAAGUGAGAAAAUAAUCGUCAGCGCUGUCCACCAAGCUUGUGGGUGGAUGCGGCCAGCAGACUGCUAUUACAGAGAAAGGAGACUGUGAGGAAGCAGCAGCGCAAGCUGUGAUGAUGAUCCAUAAUUGGACCCUUACUUUCAAGAAGACUCAUUUUUCUUAGUUUUCGCCCAGAUCCUUUAGUAAUCAUUUUCCACUGAUGCUCGGGGUUUAGCGUCCUUUGCAGGCUUUCUUUGUAGAUGAAUGUGGAGCUUGUUUCUUAAGAGGAUGGAGAACUGCUUGAGGACCAUCUUUUUGGCACUGAUGAUAUUGUAUUUGGUUCCGAACACAGUUUACACAGCCAACAGCGUUUAUCCCAGAAUACGGCUUUCACAUAAAGAACUUUGGCAGUUAAACAGGACGUGGGUGUUCCAGGGCAAUGGAGUGCCUCUUCAGCCCCAGACCAUGCUGCUGGACGAGGGCCACGAGAGGCUUUAUGUCGGGGCCAAGAAUGCUCUAUUCUCCCUCAGCCUGGACCAGGUUAACACGCAGCACAGAGAGAUCCAGUGGGCCAGUUCUGAACUCCAAAUCGAAGAAUGCCUGAGGAAGGGCCGGGAAAAAAUGGAGUGCGCAAACUACAUCAAGGUUUUGCAACAAUACAACCAGACCCAUCUCUUGGUCUGUGGGACGGCAUCCUUUAACCCUAUUUGCGCCUGGGUACAUGUUGGACACACUGGAAAGGACAGGCUAUUUACUCUGCUGAAGGAGAGCAUUACAAGCGGUAAAGGGCGAUGUCCGUUCAGCCACAACAGUCCCUGCACUUCUACACUCUCAGGUGGAGAGUUGUAUGUCGGCCUCUACACAGACUACUGGGAGAACGAUGCUGCCUUGUGUAGACUCAACAACCGUACCUACACGCGUACUGAGAGGGACGACAGGCAGCAGCUCAACGAACCGAGAUUUGUCGGUUCAGCGGUUAUUCCUGAUAACGACGACAAAGAUGAUGACAAAGUUUACUUCUUCUUCACCGAACGUGAGGUGGAUGCAGAGGGGCUCUACAAGGCUGUCUACACCCGUGUCGGACGAGUUUGCGCGAAUGAUCAAGGAGGACAGAGGAUGCUGGUGAACAGAUGGAGCUCCUUUCUGAAAACUCGACUCAUUUGCUCCGUGGCCGGACCUGAUGGCAUUGAUACUCACUUUGAUCAACUUGAGGACGUCUAUGUGUUGAAGAACAAAGACGGGAAAAACCCAGAAAUCUUUGGCCUUUUUAGCACAACGAGUGCCGUGUUUAAAGGCUAUGCGGUGUGUGUCUAUCACAUGGAUGACAUCCGAGCCGCAUUUAACGGACCGUUUGCCUUCAGAGAGAGACCUGAGCAUCACUGGACACCUUCUGAAGAUAAAGUCCCCUACCCACGGCCUGGAUCUUGUGCCAGCAAAAUCAACGGUGGCGGCUUUUCAAGCUCUAAGGAGUUUCCAGAUGAGGUUCUGCGCUUCGUGCGCUCUCACCCCAUGAUGUAUCGUCCAGUUCUUCCGCAACAUCGCAGGCCAGUCUUCCUGCAAACACAGCCCAGGAGGAGAAAGUUGACACAGAUUGCAGUGGACAGGGUUCAAGCCCAAGAUGGACACUACCAUGUUCUCUAUAUUGGGACAGAUGACUCUCUGGUGCUCAAAGUUAUCACGAUCUACAACAAAGAUAUCGACACAAUGGAAGAGGUGCUGCUGGAGGAGCUGCAAGUGUUUGAGGUUCCAGUGCCAAUAAAAGAGAUUAUUAUAUCCCCUAAACGGCAAAAGUUGUAUGUGGGCUCGGAUGCGGGUGUGGCCCAGGUCCAACUGCACCACUGCGCCCUCUAUGGCUCAGAAUGCGCUGACUGUUGUCUGGCUCGAGAUCCCUAUUGCGCUUGGGACGGCUUCACCUGCUCACGCUACUAUCCAUCUGGAGUCUACACCAAGAGACGAUUCAGGCGACAGGAUAUUCUCCAUGGCAACGCUGUCCAGCUGUGCAACGGCCUGCAGAUUGACGAUGAGCCAUGGCACAAAUCUGAGGAGAAGACCGUGUUUGGUGUGGAGGGCAACAGCACAUUGCUCAGCUGCGUCCCUCGAUCGCUUCAUGCCAAGGUGCUCUGGUUCCUCCAACGUGGAGACGACAAACAAGAGGUUCACAAGGACGAGCGUGUGAUCUGGACUUCGCACGGGCUUCUCCUUCUGAGCCUCACCAGCUCUGAUGCCGGGAUUUACAUGUGCCAGACGGUGGAACACGGAUAUGUGCACACGCUACUGCGUGUUACUCUGCACGUGCUCAGCGGCGAAACGUUGGCGUCUGCCAUCAGGCCUAAGGACAAGCCAGGAGACAAAAGCGGAGCCCCCUGUCAGUCCCACGUCAAUCCUAUGGCGGGGCCGAGUUUCAGCCCCAGGAAUCUGGUGCCUGCUUCCCUGCCGGGCUCACACUCUAGGCAGUGGUACAAGGAGUUCCUCCAGCUGAUUGACUACAGGGAUGCCCAGCGAGUGGAGGAGUACUGCGAGAAGGUGUGGUGCCCAGAUAAGAAACGCAAAAAGAACAAAAAGAAGUUCCUCCCCUCAAGUGGUGAGAAAAAAGCUAAAUCCAGGGCGGCUGCGGCUAAUCAUCGAGCCCCCAGACAUGUUCUUGGGAACUGAGAGCGCACACACACGCACACACACACACACACACACACACACACACACACACAC